CGGAGGAGUCGGACGCUGCUCCCUAAAGGCCGGUCCCGUUGCCAGGCAACGGGCUCCCGGCAGCCCCCGCGGCCCGGAGUCCAUCCCGACCGCUCCGGGCCAGCGGGGCCGACGAGUCCUGUGGGCUGCGGUGGGAGCCCGCAGGAUUCCUUAGAUGAGGAGUAAACAUUCCUUCUGCUGGAAGAACAUCUGUGGGAACCUUGGCCAUGGCCUCAAUAUCUGAGGCUGUUACAUUCCGAGAGUUCUGCCCUUUGUACUAUCUCCUCAAUGCCAUCCCCACCAAGAUCCAGAGGGGCUUUCGUUCUGUUGUGGUCUACCUCACAGCCCUGGACACCAACGGGGACUACAUUGCAGUGGGCAGCAGCAUUGGCAUGCUCUACCUGUACUGCCGGCACCUCCACCAGAUGAAGAAGUACAACUUUGAAGGGAAGACGGAGUCUAUCACUGUGGUGAAGCUACUGAGCUGCUUUGAUGACCUUGUGGCAGUUGGCACCGCCUCGGGCAGGGUUGCGGUUUUCCAGCUUGUGUCGUCCUUGCCAGGGAGGAAUAAGCAGCUUCGGAGAUUUGAUGUCACUGGUGUCCAUAAAAACAGCAUUACAGCUCUGGCUUGGAGCCCCAAUGGAAUGAAAUUGUUCUCUGGAGAUGACAAGGGGAAAAUCGUCUAUUCCUCCCUGGAUCUAGACCAGGGGAUCUGCAACUCGAACCUGGUGUUGGAAGAGCCAUCUUCCAUAGUGCAGCUGGAUUACAGCCAGAAGGUGCUGCUGGUCUCCACCCUGCAGAGAAGUCUACUCUUUUACACAGAAGAAAAGGCUGUGAAGCAGAUUGGAUCCCAACCACGGAAAAGUACUGGGAAAUUUGGUGCUUGUUUUAUACCAGGACUAUGUAAGCAAAGUGAUCUAACCCUUUAUGCAUCCCGGCCUGGGCUACGGCUGUGGAAGGCUGACGUCCAUGGAACCGUUCAGGCCACCUUCAUCCUAAAAGAUGUCUUUGCUGGAGGAAUCACACCUUUUGAGCUGUACCCACGUCUGGAACCUUCUGAUGGGGGAAGCUGCAGCUCACCUGAGAAACACCUGGGACUUGUGACGUGCUUCUUCCGAGAAGGCUGGGUAUUGAGUUGGAAUGAGUACAGCAUCUAUCUUCUGGACACCAUCAACCAGGCCACAAUUGCUGGCUUGGAAGGAUCUGGUGAUAUUGUCUCUGUUUCCUGCACGGAAAACGAAAUAUUUUUCCUAAAGGGAGAUAGGAACAUUAUAAGAAUUGCAAGCAGGCCUGAAGGACUCGCAUCAGUAGUGAGCAAUGCACCAGAGAUGACAGGAUGCUCUGAGCAAGUCCACAGGCAGCAUCUGGAGAAGUCACUGGGGGCCACAGUUUGUGAGACAAGGAUCCGAGGCUCUUCUGUGGCCAGCUCAGUGGCAAGUGAGCAGCGGAGCAGGAGCAGUUCAAUUAACUCCACUGACAGUGGCUCUGGGCUACUGUUGCCUGGGCUCCAGGCCACUUCUGACAUAGGCCAAGGCGGCCAGCUGUCUUCACAGAGAUUCAGUGUCAUCAGUUCUGAAGACUUUGACCAGGAGCUUAUUGUGAAACCUAUCAAAGUGAAGAAGAGGAGGAGGAAGAGAAAGACAGAAAGUGGAAGCAAGAGCACCUGCCACAGUUCCCUGGAGUCAACGCCCUGCUCGGAGUUCCCUGGUGACAGCCCCCAGUCCUUGAGCACAGACCUUCUGUCCCUGAGUUCAAGUGUCCUGGGCAGUAGUGUGGACCAAUUGAGCACAGAGUCUCCGGACCAAGAAAGCAACCCCAGUGGUGAGGUGAAUGGUGUCUUGCAGGAAAAUAACGACCCUGAAACACUGAGUGUGCUAGAGGUGCCCAACUCCACCCCUGAUACACUGCGUGAAGAAGAGGGCACUGGAACUGGAACUCCUGAGAGUAACCACAUACAUGAGAUGGACCAGCCCAAUGGAGUGUUGGAUUUACCCCUGUUCCUCAGGGAGGAUGUGGGAGGUACUGAUGUCUCAGGCCUUGAAGAGGAGCCUUGUCCUGCUUAUGAUGCAGGAGUGCACACACGGUUGUGCUUGCGAGAACAGGACAGCUCAGCUGAGGCAGUUGAGGUAGGUAACAUGGAGCUCACUGACCCUCAAAGCACUGAAGCCCCUCUUCUGGACUCGCUCAUGGUGCCUUCCAGCCUCACCUGGUUCCCGGGAGCUGAGCAGUGGCUGCCUGGGACCGGGGCUGAUGAAGGCAGCACUGAGGAAGCCAGCAAGGAGCAGGAUAUCCUGGCCCACAUGGAGGCCCCUAGCCACCUGAGCUCAAGUCCUUGGCAUGCUGUCACUGACCAUGUCACAGGCCGUCGAGAAACACUCCUUCCUGAAAGUGGCACAGGAAACAUGGAAGAACAGUUGAUGCCUCUGACCUCUGCCCUGGUGACCAGCAUCCACAAGCCUUGGCUGCAGCAACCGUCCCAGGACCAGGCAGUGACAUCCAGUGAUGAGGAGGACAUUUAUGCACACGGGCUCCCGUCUUCAUCCUCAGAGACAAGUGUGACAGAGCUCGGAGGUGGUCGCUCUCUGCAGGAUCUGAGCCAGCCAAGUGCUGAUGACACCACACUGCUCAAGUCAGAUCAGUUUGCAGAGAGCUGGAUGGGCUACUCGGGUCCUGGCUAUGGCAUCCUCAGCUUGGCAGUCUCCGAAAAGUAUAUCUGGUGCCUGGACUACAAAGGUGGCCUGUUCUGCAGUGUCCUGCCUGGCGCUGGGCUGCGCUGGCAGAGGUUUGAAGAUGCUGUCCAGCAGGUGGCAGUCUCUCCCUCAGGAGCGCUUCUCUGGAAGAUCGAACAGAAGUCGAAUCGUGCUUUUGCUUGUGGCAAAGUUACCAUCAAGGGGAAGCGGCACUGGUACGAGGCUUUGCCCCAGGCUGUGUUUGUGGCCCUGAGCGAUGACACAGCUUGGAUCAUCAGGACCAAUGGAGACCUAUACCUGCAGACAGGUCUCAGUGUGGACCGGCCCUGCGCCCGAGCUGUGAAGGUCGACUGUCCCUACCCACUAUCCCAGAUCACAACCCGAGACAAUGUGGUGUGGGCAUUGACGGAGCAGAGGGCCCUCCUGUACCGGGAGGGUGUGAGCAGCUUCUGCCCAGAAGGAGAGCAGUGGAAGUGUGAUAUCGUGAGUGAAAAGCAAGCUCUGGAACCUGUCUGUAUAACUCUUGGAGAUCAGCAUACUCUCUGGGCCCUGGACAUCCAUGGAAAGCUGUGGUUCAGAACUGGUGUGGUUCCUAAGAAGCCCCAGGGAGAUGAUGAUCAUUGGUGGCAGGUGAGCAUCACGGACUAUGUGGUGUUUGACCAGUGCAGCUUGUUCCAGACCAUCAUCCACGCCACACACUCAGUAGCAACAGCAGCCCAAGCACCUGUGGAAAAGGUAGCAGAUAAGCUGCGCAUGGCAUUUUGGUCUCAGCAGCUUCAGUGCCAGCCCAGCCUGCUUGGGGUCAACAACAGUGGAGUCUGGAUCUCCUCAGGCAAGAAUGAAUUCCAUGUUGCUAAAGGAAGCCUCAUAGGCACUUACUGGAACAACGUUGUUCCCCGGGGGACAGCUUCUGCCACAAAAUGGGCCUUUGUGUUGGCUUCUGCUGCUCCUACCCAGGAAGGAAGCUCCUUAUGGCUGUGCCAGAGCAGCAAGGACCUAUGCAGCAUCAGUGCCCAGAGUGUGCAGUGCCGCCCCUCUACAGUGCAGCUCCCCCCCGACGCCGAGAUGAGGGCAUACGCUGCGUGUCAGGAUGCGCUGUGGGCCUUGGACAGCCUCGGCCAGGUGUUCAUUAGGACACUCUCCAAAAGCUGUCCCACAGGCAUGCACUGGACAAAGCUGGACCUUUCCCAACUAGGAGCCAUCAAAUUAACCAGCUUGGCUUGUGGAAAUCAACAUAUCUGGGCCUGUGAUUCCAGGGGUGGGGUUUACUUCCGUGUUGGAACCCAGCCUCUGAACCCUAGUCUGAUGCUUCCAGCCUGGAUCAUGAUUGAUCCACCUGUCCAGCCUGCCGGGGUCACCUUGGUCAGUGUCCAUUCCAGCCCUAAUGACCAGAUGCUGUGGGCGCUCGACAGCAGGUGGAAUGUGCACGUGCGAACUGGAAUCAGUGAGGAGAUGCCUGUGGGGACAGACUGGGAGCACGUACCAGGGUUGCAGGCCUGUCAGCUGACACUGAGCACCAGGACUGUGUGGGCACGCUGUCCAAAUGGUGACCUUGCCCGCCGAUAUGGUGUCACAGACAAAAAUCCUGCUGGGGACUACUGGAAGAAGAUUCCCGGAAGCGCGUCAUGUGUCACAGUGACCUCAUCAGAUGAACUAUGGGCAGUGGGCCCCCCUGGCUACCUCCUCCAACGGCUGACAAAGACAUUCAGCCACUCACACAGCACCCAGAAGAAUAACCAGGUGGCCACCUCCCACCCCGAGGACCUGGAGGACGAGUGGGAGGUCAUCUGAAGGAGCCUUGGGCAGCCAGUCAGAAGGAGAAAGCCGUGGCCCUGAUGGACAAUACUGUUUCCAGCUGACUCACUUGUGGAUAUGCCUCAUCAACUGGGCUGAACACCCCACACUUACUUUCAUCCGUAUUUGUUUCCGUCUCAUUCCAGAACUCAGAGCCUCAGCCACAGGCCCAGAGCUGCCACAGUAACAGCAGCACCUUUGACAUCUUGCCAAGGUCACCUCUGAGUGGGAAUGUGGCUCCUGCUCAGUCGCAUGCACUGGUUAUCCGAGUGCUGCGGUAAGUUCUCACUGGGCAGCUCCAGGUCCUAUUGUAUGAGAUGACACAGCAACCGCCAUAGGCACCUGAGUCACAGCCAGGAGCUAGGGAUAGAACUGAGGCCAGCAAAGGUAGCAAGGCACCCACGUGAGCCCACAUCGGAGCCCCGGGCCCAACAACUGCAGGUCAGAGCUCUGCAGGUGUGGGAUGUGCUUGGUGACAGUGUAGACUCCAUCACAGGGGCCCCAUUUCUCUGUGAGAGGUACAGGCCAUGUGCAUAUUCCAUGCCAGACAUUCCAGCAAGGAAAACUUUGCUCAUCUGUGAUGGGGGCACUAACUGUGCGGGGUGAACACACACAAACACACCCACCUAACUGUGCGGGGUGAACACAGACACACCCACCUAACUGUGCGGGGUGAACACAUACAGACACACCCACCUAACUGUGCGGGGUGAACACACAUAGACACACCCACCUAACUGUGCGGGGUGAACACACACAGACACACCCACCUAACUGUGCGGGGUGAACACAGACACACCCACCUAACUGUGCGGGGUGAACACACACAGACACACCCACCUAACUGUGCGGGGUGAACACACACAGACACACCCACCUUACCUUGUCCAUGUUCAGGUUAGUUGCCCAACUCCUAGAACAUACACCUCCGCCAACAUAAUGGCCAGUAGGUACAGACAGAACACAGAGGUGCCCAUGUGGUCUAUGCAACCCAGCUCCGCGGUGUUAGUUGGAUACCAGGGCUGACCCAUGCCAGAUAACCUAGAGACAUCUUUGGAAUGACAUUUGACUAGUGUGCUGGUGAGCAUCCUAAAGCUGGGUACAUCCUCAGAAGACGAAUCUGAUUAUUGCCUUUUUUGUUUGUUGUAUUACAAACCUGAGUAAGAUACCUCAUUUGAAAUCAAAUCUCACAAAUUCAGAAGAUAAAUGUAUCUUCUGAAACUAGCAGAAGGUCUUCUGUUCCUUCCAGUGGUUUAUCCUUAGCCCACCCUCUCUUGGCUGUAGCCUCGUGAGGGUGGCCAUCCCCCAGCAUGUCCUCAGCCCACAGGGCAGCAUUUUCAGGGGGCAUAGUGUUGACACCCCAGCAGGUAGAAAGCAGUGCCUGCCACCCACAGGUGUGGUAGCCCCACAGUGGCCCCUGGGGACAGUGGCACUCUUCCCUCAGGCAUCUGAACUUCAGGACAAGCUGCCCACUGCGUCCUUCCGAAUCUGCUGCCCUCCCCUGAAGGAGGUUCAUGCCACUGCUCUAGAUUGGCUGUUUUUUUUAUGCCCACCUUGCCCAGGCUGUUACUCGAUGCCCAUUUUCUACCAGGUAUGUAUGUCAGAGCUCCUUGGUGCCAGGUGAAGGGCCCUAGUCGUGAUGAAGAGCGAGCCUUCCAGGUUCUCGAUGAGGACAAAACUUUGAGACCCCUGAUCUCACUUGAUUUUAUAGAACCCUUUUUGUAGGAAUUCAGUGACAGCAGAGGCAGCCCCGGCCAAGCUGUCCUCUUCUGUGAAUGCUGUGCCUUGCCUAGCUCCUUAAGAUGGCAGUGCUCCCCUAAGCCCAUGGGACUAUAGUGCAAUUAAACUCAAGUGAAUACUCUUAAACUACUUUAACUUCAGUGCUUUGUACCAUUUUUCUUUCCAGUUUUAGUUUUUAGUUGUGCUUUGAGAUCAUGCAAUAAACUAGACUUUUUUCCAA